UGUACAUUCUGUUUCACAAACUUAAACCCAUCUUUUAUACCAACUUUCAGUAAUGGCUGACAUACUUAUCAUCGAUGUAUGGGCUGAUAAUGUACAUAAAGAGUUCACGAGAAUUCGUGAUGUUUUUCAACGAUAUCCUUACAUUGCAUUCGAUACUGAAUUCCCUGGCUUUGUUCAUCCCUCUAACAGUCGUGCAGGUGCAGAAAUCUACUAUGGGCAUAAUAAAGCCAAUGUGGAUUCCCUAAAACUUAUACAAGUGGGCCUUACAUUUGAUGAUGAAUUUGGUUCGCUACCAACAAAUCAAUAUGGUCAACAGAUAGCCUUGCAAAUAAAUUUAUGUGACUUUGACCCUUCCUGGGAUCGAUAUUCAAUGGAGGCGAUGAAUAUAUUACGUAUUUCAGGUAUUGAUUUUGAGAAGAAUCACACUAAAGGUGUAACUUCUCAAACACUAGCUGACUCCCUCGCAUCUGCUCGGCUGGUUUCAAACCCUCCUGUUCAUUGGGUCACAUUUCAUGGUACCUACGAUACGGCCUAUCUUGUCAAGCUUUUGAAUAGUUGCACUCUCUUGCCGGAUGCAUUAUCGACUUUUCUCUCGAUGGUUAAUAGGAUAUUUCCUAACUUUUACGAUGCAAAGCACAUGGUUCACCACCAUUACGUAUAGAUAGGGGGUCUUUCGAAACUAGCAAGGGACAUGGGGGUACAGAGUUCUGCACUCAAUAUGCACCAAGCAGGGGCCGAUAGUGUGGUUACAGCCAUGGAAUUUUUCGUUCUCAAGAAGCGUGUCAUUAAAAGGGGUUGUGUUGGUGAGUGCAACAGAUUGCUAUAUGGUUUGUAGGAGAAAGAGUCAUGUCUCACUAUUCUCCCUCUGCCUCCAUUUACACCUUUCUCUUCACCCUCCCCUUGUCUUCCAUAUCUUAAUAAUCUCCCUAUAAAUCUCUCUUGUCUUUCUAUUAUGUGUGCUGGUCUUACCAUUCUUUUCGGUUCUAUUUUAUUUGCCAUAACUUAGAAUCCUCCCUCUAACUCUCUCUCUCUCUAUUAUGUGUGUUUGGU